CCAUCCACCUGUUUCUUGCUAUAUAUAUAUAUAAACCGUGUAUAUAUAUAUACUCCGUUUACUUCACAAUUUUCAUUCUUUUUCGAAUACCAUUUUUUUCUCUUUCUCUUGCAAGAUUUAUUCUUUCUCUUUCCAUUAUGGGUUUCCCAGCUAAUGGUUCAUCACAAGAAAAGCCAUACAAGUUCUUGAUCUAUGGCCGAACUGGUUGGAUUGGUGGUUUACUCGGUAAGCUCUGUGAAGCUCAAGGAAUAGAAUACGAAUAUGGGUCGGGUCGAUUAGAGAAUCGGAGCUCGUUAGAGUCCGACCUCACAACCGUCAACCCGACCCAUGUGUUCAACGCUGCCGGAGUGACCGGCCGGCCAAAUGUUGACUGGUGUGAAUCCCAUAAGGUGGAGACCAUCAGAGCUAAUGUGGUCGGUACCCUGACGCUUGCUGAUGUUUGUAGAGAGAAAGGGUUGAUCCUUAUCAACUAUGCUACUGGGUGUAUUUUUGAAUACGAUUCGGGUCAUAAAUUAGGGUCGGGUAUCGGAUUCAAGGAAGAGGAUACUCCUAAUUUCAUCGGAUCUUUCUAUUCAAAGACUAAAGCUAUGGUGGAGGAACUACUGAAAAACUACGACAACGUCUGUACACUACGAGUCAGAAUGCCCAUCUCGGCAGACUUGACCAACCCCCGAAAUUUCAUCACCAAGAUCACUCGGUACGCGAGGGUAGUAAACAUCCCAAACUCAAUGACAAUCUUGGAUGAACUUCUCCCUAUUUCCAUCGAGAUGGCAAAGAGAAACCUCACUGGCAUAUGGAACUUCACGAAUCCUGGAGUGGUUAGCCAUAAUGAGAUCCUGGAGAUGUACCGUGACUAUAUUGACCCAAGCUUCAAGUGGAACAACUUCACAAUCGAGGAGCAAUCGGAGGUCAUUAUCGCUCCACGAAGCAACAAUGAGCUCGAUGCUUCAAAAUUGAGCAAGGAAUUCCCUGAAAUGAAGUCCAUCAAGGAGUCCCUCAUUGAGAAUGUGUUCAAGCCAAAUAGGAAGACACCAGUAGCUUGAAAAUUUUGAGAAAAGAUCCAAUUUUUAUAUGAUUUUUCUUUGUCUUGUUCAAUGAACCAACUAUGUUUUCAGUUCUAAUAUUUGGGGUUGGCUUUCUCUCUUCUCUCUUUAUUAUUUCUGAUUUUCGGUAUCUUUUUCCUUUAUUGUUGUAUUUGAGUGUUGUAAUGGUAUUAUUUCAUCAUGAAUAAAAUCGAAAAAUGAUACUCCA